UCGAGUGCCAUGAGAUGAGAGCAUGGAGUGACAGUGCCCUGGAGAUCAUUUCAAGGUGCCUGCAGAGCAAAUCGAGGGAAAAGUGUCGCUUGGCACUCAGAGGCCUCGUGGUUCUCAGCAAAGAUCCCUCAGUGGCCGAAGGUAUGCGGAGUCUGACACAGAGCCUCAUCGGCCUACUGCAGGAUGCAGAUGGAGAGGGGGUUGCAUUGAUCCUCUCUGUAUUCCUGAAUGAGCUCCAGGACAGAGCCACCCUAAUAUCCAGUCCCACUGCCCUGCAGCUGGCUGAGGUGCUCCAGCCACUCUUUGACCAUGACAAUGGCCAUGUCGAGCUGCUCUCCAUUUGCCUCUUCCGAGAGGUGAUGGAGCUGGUAAUGGACAAGGGAAAAAAGCCCCUGAAAACACACAUACACCAGAGCCUGCUUCCACUGUUCUUCCACUGCCACAAUGAGAACCAGUGUGUGGCAGAGGCCUCUCGGACAACACUGCUUUGUGCAGCCAAGUUCCUGAAGAAGAGGCAUCUGAAGCAGCUGGUGAAGAAGGAGCAACCAUGGAGGUUCAGCGAGUGCCUGCUGUCAGAGGACAGGAGCCGAGCGGCCGAGCACCUGCGCCGGGCACUGCCGUACCUGCAGAACGCACAGGAGCCCCUGCGAGCGGCGGCCAUCAGGUUCCUGGGUGAGCCACGAGCCCGGGCUCCCUCCCUGUUCUGCCACAGCAGGAUCUGGGCCAGGGUACAUGACAGGCUCUGUGUUCCCAGGGGUCGCCAGGCGCCAGAUGAGGAGGCAGCGGGAACACCUCCAGCUCAUCUGUGAGGCCCUUCAGGACCUGACUGAUGACAUCAGCCCCGCCAUCUCAAGCUUGGCACUUCAAACCCUGCAACUCUUAAGAGCUGCACAGAGAGCUCCAUAUUCUCCAGGUUUCAGAAGGUGUAAGACUACUUGCAGAAGGGGGGCGGGUAGGAAGCCUCUUUUCUGUAAGUCCAUGAACGACUAAUCCCAGGAGCUCCAUUUGCUCAGGAAACCUGAGCCUGUAUAGAAG